CAUACUUUCUUCUAGGGUUUCUUUUCUCUCUCUCUCUCUUCCUCUGACUGCUUUGUUAUUUGUCAGCAAUGGCCGUGAAGCCCUCUAGGUCCGAGAAGAAGAUCUUGUACGACAAGAAACUAUGCGCUUUGCUCAGCCAGUACUCCCAGGUUCUGGUUGUCCACGCUGACAACGUCGGUUCCAACCAGCUCCAGAAGAUAAGGACGGGUCUCCGAGGUGACUCUGUCAUUUUGAUGGGAAAGAACACCAUGAUGAAGCGCUCUGUUAAGCUUCACGCCGAGGCCACUGGCAACGAGGCCAUUAUGAACCUCGUUCCUCUUUUGGUGGGUAAUGUGGGGUUGGUCUUCACCAAGGGUGAUUUGAAGGAAGUUAGCGAAGAGAUUAGCAAGUAUAAGGUGGGAGCUCCAGCUCGUGUUGGCCUUGUUGCACCAAUUGAUGUUGUUGUACCCCCAGGAAACACGGGACUUGAUCCCUCUCAAACGUCCUUCUUUCAGGUUCUCAACAUUCCAACAAAGAUUAACAAGGGAACUGUCGAGAUCAUUACCCCAGUGGAGCUCAUUAAAAAGGGUGACAAGGUGGGCUCCUCUGAAUCUGCACUUCUUGCAAAGCUUGGGAUACGCCCAUUCUCUUACGGUCUUGUUGUUCUAUCCGUGUAUGAUAAUGGAUCUGUGUUUGAUCCUGAAGUGCUUAAUCUCACGGAAGAUGAUCUCAUUGAAAAAUUUGCUACUGGAAUUUCCAUGGUCACCUCUUUGUCACUGGCUGUAUCUUACCCAACUCUUGCUGCUGCACCCCACAUGUUUACAAAUGCAUACAAAAAUGUUCUGAGUGUUGCGGUAGCUUCAGAGUAUUCCUUCCCACAGGCAGAGAAAGUGAAGGAAUACUUGAAGGAUCCAAGUAAGUAUGCUGUUGCAGCGGCUCCUGCUGUAGCUGCUGAUUCUGGUGCUGCUCCAGAUGCCAGUGCCAAGGUGGAGGAGAAGAAGGUUGAAGAGGAAGAAGAUUCUGACGAGGACAUGGCUCUCAAUUUGUUUGAAUGAGUUGAUUGGUGGUUCAGUAGGCUGUAGGGUUGAAGAUUCUAAAUAUUAGCCUAUUUGUUAUCUAAUCCACGCAGUAUUUAGACAUGUAGUUGAGCGAAACCCAAAGCAUGGUUUCCACCACUCUUCUUUGUGGUGGGUUCAAUGUGGAUUGGUUUCUGAACUCCGUUCGUUAAUCUUUGGCCAUGUUUGGUUCUUCUAAAACAGGGUCUUUCAUUUUCUGUUUUCUGUGGGACCUAUUAGCGAAAAACUUGAUUGAGUUUGUUUUUGGUCUCAUCUUCAUUUUUA